GUCCCGCGGCCCCGGCUCCCCCGCGCGCCCGCCCGGCUCGGCCCAGGCGCGGGCGGACAGGUGCGCGCUCCCCGCAGGAUGGCGGUCGCCGUCGUGGUCCUCAGGCUCCUCGUGUGCCUCCUGGCCUCGCCCCUGUUCCUGCUGCACGCCCUGGGCCUGUGGAGCCAGAUAUGCAAGAGGUGGUGGUUCCCCCACUUCUUGGCGAGGUUCAGCGUGAUGUACAACGAGCGGAUGGCGGGCAGGAAGCGGGAGCUCUUCGGCAGCCUGCAGGCGUUCGCGGGCCCCUCGGGGAGGCUGUCCCUGCUGGAGGUGGGCUGCGGCACCGGCGCCAACUUCCAGUUCUACCCGCCGGGGUGCAGGGUGACCUGCGUGGACCCCAACCCCAACUUCGAGAAGUUCUUGAUCAAGAGCAUCGCGGAGAACCGACACCUGCAGUUCGAGCGCUUCGUGGUGGCGGCGGGGGAGGACAUGCCGCAGGUGGCCGACGGCUCGGUGGACGUGGUGGUCUGCACCCUGGUGCUGUGCUCCGUGCGGGACCAGGGGCAGAUCCUGCGGGAGGUGUGCAGGGUGCUGAGGCCGGGAGGGGCUUUCUUUUUCCUGGAGCAUGUCGCAGCUGAGAGCUCAACUUGGAAUUACUUCUGGCAACAAAUCCUGCACCCCUUCUGGCACCUGCUGUUUGACAGGUGCCACCUGACCAGAGAGAGCUGGAAGGCGCUGGAGCGGGUGCCCUUCUCCCAACUCAAGCUGCAGCAUUUCCAGGCUCCGCUGUCCUGGGAGCUGGUGCGCCCUCACAUCUCUGGGUACGCCGUCAAGUAGCCUGCGCCGCGGGGAGUGGGGGGCUGAGCGGCUCUUAGCCUCAGGCUGCAGUUUUACACUUAAGAUACUAACUGGGAGAAAGGGAACCUUCUCUUUGUAAGGUAAAGUUGCAUUUUGUCUCUAAGCGUUUAUCUACCUAUUUAGCCAUCUUCUGUUGUCCCCCCAAGAGGAUCGAAACCAAAACCAAAGCCAAACAGGACUCUCUCCCUUAAAAGGAAGGGCUGGGCUUUCACAACCGAAGUUUAGCAUUAGCCCCAAAUGUUGGUUUAUGUGGUUAACUUCAAGAUCCUUCCAGCUGUCUUAAAUUGUUAGCUGGCAGGUUUUCAUUUCACCCCCUCGAGAGCUUGGUGCUUGGAAGCAGUGAAAUCACGCAAAAGAUGACUUGGUAAAGGGAGAAGCGACAAGAUCUUAAGGCUUCACAAACUGAAUAGAGAAUUACUAACUAGUUGAAAAUCCAAAUCUAAAGAACCCAGGUCUCUUUGAAAGAGAAAUCUGAGUCUGUUUGUUGUUCUUAGUAUCCAUGGGUUGGUUUUCAAAAUUGAUGGAUGGGGGGUUCCAACCCUGGUUCUGCCCAGCUUUGGUGUUUUUACUCCCCUAUUUCUAGUGACGUUAGUUUUCCUGCAUUCCAGUCUUCAAUGCUAAAGAUAAGGAUUGUACUUGACACAUGAGUAUAUCCAGACAAAUAGUUGAGGCCCUUAAGUUGCUUGAGUACAUGUUCCUUAUUAUGUAGCAUAUACUCUGCUGCAUGUCUUAGAUUGUAGGUAAGGGAAAGGCCUACUGCAACUAGGAAGACCUUGUGUAAUUCGGAACACUCUGUAAGAGCCCCUCACACCCAGGCGGUCCGGGCGUCUGUAAAGUAGAUGCGUAUUUGGGGUAUUAUUCCGACCGAUUGCCACUCCUGUCCCGAGAUGAUUUCUUUGUUUCUUGCCACCAUGGAAACCUCUGAAAAUCAUAAGGGCUUUGAAAACAAGUGUUGGGUUGCUCAGUCAGAGGGAUUAAGAAUAGCAUUUCCAGCAAUAGUUUGUGUGUAUUUUGAUAAACUUAGUAUAUUUUCUGUAAAGUAUAAUGACUUUACAAAGGGACUAUUUUAAAUAACGAAAUCAAUCGAUAAAUUCACGUAGAUUUUAGGAAUGGAAAUAAAUGGUUUAUAUCUUUG